AUGGAGGCCUUCAUUGGAUCGUGGGAACUCAAAGACAGUGAGGAUCUGACUCCGAUAAUUCAAAAGAUGGGGGUUACGAUUCCCAAAGACCGAUUGCAAACGAUGUCAAGGUCAAUCCUGGCAUUCGCGCGCGACGGCGACUUCUACGAAGUGAACGUAACCGUUGGCGGCCGAAUUAAGACUGCCAGGUUCAGGCUAAAUGAAGAGUUCGAGCACGAUACUAUCGAUGGCCGACACAUCAAGAUGAUGGUCAAAUUGGAAGGUAACACGCUUACCAUCCAACAGAAUGGGGAACGAAACAUGUGCUAUGAGAUGUGCGCCAAGGACGCUAAUUUAACCAUGGCUAUAAAGGCUGACGAAAUCUCCUGUAUUCGACACUACGUCAAAGCAUAA